ACCCUUUCGGCCUCCCCCCGCCUCACCAGACCUGCCACGCCGCCCCUCCAGCUUCCCCACUCUCCGCGAAGGCCGGGAUGGCCGUGGGUAACGGCGCGCGGCGGCGUUGCCAUCACGGCACCGCAAUGCCCAUGCCACGCGCGCGAUUCUUGGCCUGCAUUGCCGUGGCGGUCGUGGCGCUCCUCGCGCCGCCGUGCGGAGUGGCCGGGCACUCGCGCGGGAUGCGGCCGGGGCGCGGCGGCGGCGGCUCGGCGGCGCCGUUCCCGGCGAACGCGACGCGGGCGGAGAUGAUCGAGCGGCAGUUCAUGGAGUGGGUGCGGUACAUGGGGGCGCUCCGGCACAGCACGUUCCAGCACGCGCUCGCCCGCGCCUUCCCGUCCUACUCGCUCGUCGUCGACAAGAACCCGGCGUUCGGCGACUUCACGACCAUCCAGGCCGCCAUCGACUCGCUCCCGGCCAUCAAUCUCGUCCGCGUCGUCAUCAGGGUCAACGCCGGCACCUACACGGAGAAGGUGACCAUCUCGGCGAUGCGCGCGUUCAUCACGCUGGAGGGCGCCGGCGCAGACAGCACGAUCGUGCAGUGGGGCGACACCGCGGACUCGCCGACGGGGCCCAAGGGGCGGCCCCUCGGCACGUUCAACUCGGCGACGUUCGCCGUGAACGCGCAGUACUUCCUCGCCAGGAACAUCACUUUCAAGAACACGUCGCCGGUGCCGAAGCCGGGCGCGACGGGGAAGCAGGCGGUGGCGCUGCGGGUGUCGGCGGACAACGCGGCGUUCGUGGGGUGCAAGUUCCUGGGCGCGCAGGACACGCUGUAUGACCACUCCGGCCGGCACUACUACAAGGAGUGCUACAUCGAAGGGUCCGUGGACUUCAUCUUCGGCAACGCGCUCUCGCUGUACGAGGACUGCCACGUGCACGCGAUCGCGCGGGACUACGGGGCGCUGACGGCGCAGAACCGGCAGAGCAUGCUGGAGGACACGGGGUUCUCGUUCGUCAACUGCCGGGUGACGGGGUCGGGGGCGCUCUACCUGGGUCGCGCCUGGGGCACCUUCUCCCGCGUCGUCUUCGCCUACACCUAUAUGGACAACAUCAUCAUCCCGCGCGGGUGGUACAACUGGGGCGACCCCAACCGCGAGCUGACGGUGUUCUAUGGGCAGUACAAGUGCACGGGCCCGGGCGCGAGCUACGCCGGCCGGGUGGCGUGGUCGCGCGAGCUCACCGACGACGAGGCCAAGCCGUUCAUCUCGUUGAGCUUCAUCGAUGGGACCGAGUGGGUCAGGCUGUAAUCCUAGUUUCGCUGUAGCUCACGGCACGCAACACCAUGUAAAGAAAGAGAGGAAGAAAGUAUACAGAUUAUUUACCUGCCAUUCAUCAACUCGACAAGUCCAGAAUUCGUCAUCUUUUUUUCUUUUUGCGAAACAGAAUUCGU